AUGGCCAAUGUAGCAACCAUGGGCCCACCGCCCUCUCCCAAGGAGCCCCGGCGAUCUGGCAGACGCACCGUCCCCUCCGCAUCGACGAGCAAGUCUCCCGCCGGCUCUCCCGCUUCUGACACGGCCCCAAAAUCAAAGGACAGCUCAAAUCGGCCACCCGUAUCGUCAUCCGCCAACUCCGGGAAGGGGAAACGUGGCAAGCAAGAGGACCAGGACGAGGCGUUGGAAGGUGCACCAAAGAACGGGAUCAACGGGAACGGCAACGCGCGCGCGAAGCGCAAAGGCGGGAGCAAGGAUAAAGAUAAGACCUCUACAACGGACGGCGGCGUGGAUACUCCUCGAGCUGAGACGCAUGGGGGGGAUACCGCUGCGCAGCCUGAGGAGGAGGAGGAAGAGGAGGCCGGUGUCACGCGGUGCAUAUGCGAGGGCACUGGUGCCGAUGAUGAUGCAGAUAUUGGCGAGUUCAUGAUUCAGUGUGAGAUGUGCAAGACUUGGCAGCACGGCCAGUGUAUGGGGCACCCCGACCUCGACAAUGUCCCCAAUCACUAUUAUUGCGAGCUGUGCCGGCCGGACAUGUAUGUUGAUCUUCUCAAAAAAUACGCCAAGAAGGCGCGACAUUCAUCGACAAACUCACAUAACACAACAACAGCGGCUGGUAACACAUCCCGCUCAUCCCGUUCGCAUUCUCCAACACACCUUUUGAAAACCACCAAGCGUCGUAACACGAUGAACAGUCGGGAUGCCGCAUACGAAGAGAGCGUUCAAGCGAUCAUAGAGGCUACUGCUGCCGAGGCCGCUGCCGCCGCCAACGAGAGCAUCUCGAAUACCUCCGCAGCGACUUUGAUCAAUGGUGCCUCAGACAAGCAUGCAGAGAUCGAACAAGAGACCGAAGUAACAAACAACACUCGAAAGAAGCGGAAGCGCAGUGACGACGACGCUUUGCCAACUAAGCGAACUAGAUCAUCGUCCACCGCGUCCAACCCACCUCCGCCUAGUGUUCUCCGCGAUCCGACACCGGUGAAUGGAGCGACGGCGAAGCCAUCUCCUGUGUCCGCGCCGACAACAAAGACCACGCGCAAUCGCCGUGGAGGAGGUCGCAAGGCGCAAGUGCAAGAGCUGAUGACCGUUGAGGGUGAUGAGGCGAACAGCACAGCGUCAGCGUCUAAUGCACGUCGCGCUACCACCAGUCGCGCAAAAGCGACCGCAGGUCAAGACCAUGGCGGUCGCCGGGCUCAGACGAACGCCACGAAUGCAGCGUCAUCUGCCUCUGCCUCGCGCGCAUACCAUCACUCUCACGCAUAUGCCGUAUCGCAGCAGCCGCUCUUCACUUCAUGGAAUUUGCCGGACUACCUCGCGCAUCUAGAGCCGAUGCUUCCAACCAACGUCCCGCGCCCACUCGAAGUGCGUGGUUCAGGCGUCGACGCUACAGGGCGGGAGUCCCUGGAGCGCACAACAGAGCGGGGGGUGAAGGUCAGAUGGCCAAGCAAGCGCAUGAGCGUUGGAGAUAUGAAUAAGCGCGUGAGAGCGCUAGUGGAGUGGGUCGGCCGUGAGCAGGCGAACUCGCUGGAGCGAACCAGGCGGCGGGAUGCAGUGGGGAGGGCGUUGAGAGAGGCGCAAGACAUGCAGAUGGAUUUCAGAGAACCUCCAGGCGAUGGUGCGGGCACGACAGCCGUCACCACUGCCUCGGUUGUCGAGUCACCGCUGCAGGAGAACCCGAACAUAUUCGAGGGCGAGACGGCUCCAGGCCAAGAGGCGGGGCUGGUGACGAUGAAGAUGAUGGAGGAGCUGAUGGAAGAGCUCAUUAGCUUCCAGGAACGUUUCGGGCCCGGGGCGAAGACGAAGGAGCGUGAACGAAGGACGAAUUCGUGA